CGCGCAAGACAAAAAUGUCGUCCGCAAAGCAAUUCCAACUUCUAAAAUUUUGAUGGCAGCAGUUGCUCGUCUGUACAUUGCUAGCCCAGACCCAAAUAAAUGGACAUACACUGGUCUUUGGGGAGCAGCAACAUUCUGUAAAGACCAAAAGAGGAAUAACUCUUAUUUCAUUCGUCUAAUUGAUGUAGAGAAUAAUACUGGAGUUCGAUGGGAGCAAGAGCUCUAUGAAGACUUUGAUUACGUCAAGGAUAGACCAUUCUUCCAUACAUUCGAAACCGACGAUUGUCUCGCUGGCCUGGAAUUUGUGGAUGAGGAUGAAGCCGAGACAUUUUACAAGAAAUUAGUAAAUCGUAAUACAGUCAAACUCAAAGAUGAUACGCAUUCAAAAGCUGCUCUAUUUGGAAAGACGCAAAAGAAAACCAAAGUAGACAAGAACCAAAUAGGCAUGCCUGCAGACUUUCGACAUGUGGGACAUAUUGGAUAUACACCAGGAAAAGGUUUCCGGGUACAGAACAACGAUCCAGAGAAAAGUGCUAUAUUUGACCAGCUAAAAGAACUCGGAAUCACACCAGAAGAAAUCGCUCAAAACGAGGACUUCAUCCAAGGGUUUCUACAGCAGCAUGAUUCUACAGCAUCCUCUUCAACCCCUCCUCCACCUCCACC